AUGCAUGCGACUGCCAGCUUCAUCCAAGUGUGGGAGGAGAAGCGCAGCGACGUCGGCCUCGCUACCGUGGAAUGCUUUGAUCCUGAAGGAACGUAUCCUGUAUGGCAGAGCGUCCCCUCUAUGACGAAGCGAAGGGCAGGAGUCGGUGUUGGUGUUGUCGACAACUUGCUCUACGCUAUUGGUGGUUGGGAUGGCAAACAUUCGAGUAGCGUUGAAAGGUAUAACGCAUUCUCCAACUCAUAA